GUCCAAAGACGUCUUCUCAGCUGCAAUCCGGUCCCUGGCAUCAGGUUGCCUCAGCAGUUCAACUGAAAUACUGCCCUGAACCCAGUUCUGUCGAGCAUCCAACAGACAAGCAACAACAUCAUACCCCCUCAAGUCACCCACCAUGUCCGCUGAAGCAGCAAAGCCCGACCAGCUCUCGCAGCUGGAACACCAAAACACCGACCAGACACAGCAACAAACUGGCUCUGCGGCCGAUGAGAAGCAGGCGGAAUCAGGAGCGACCGAGACCAAGCCCAAAAAGCUCAAGGGCGCCUCCCCGCUGAAAAAGGCCGCCAACCUGGUCAAGACCCUCUUCAAGUGCCUCAAGAUGAAGCCCAAGGCCAGGAAGCUUGUCGACGACGACGACGAUGAUGACGAACGGCGCCCGCAUGAUAGUGUUCAGGAGGCCAAGGCCGGGGCUGGGGCUGUCGACAGCGAGGCCGCCGGCGUGGUUGACAAGCCCAUGGACAAGGAGGCGGCGAAUACCAGUACUGCUAUUAGUACUGAGCCCCCGAGCUUGGAUGCCAAGGGGAUCACGACGACGACCAUUACCGCGCAGCCCGUUGUGAAUUAGAGUUAGUACCUGCUGUUGUGCGCGCGCAGGGAAGGGGGCGCAAUAUGGGGAUACCGUAAUGGAGGAGGUUGAGUUUGCUUGCAGGCGG